AUGAGGACCUGGACGUGGCAGGGGGGCAUUAUCCUGCCGACCACAGAUCCCCGCAAAGUCGAGGAGACGGCAGGUGACACGGUCAGCAGCACGGAGGAGAAAAAGCAAAGCAAGUCGCAGCAGCUGAGGAAGAUCUUUAAAGAAUACGGGGCCGUGGGUGUAUGUUUACACAUUGGCAUCUCCUUGGUCUCCCUGGGCAUCUUUUACACGGUGGUUUCCAGUGGCGUGGACAUGUCUGCAGUCCUGCUUAAACUCGGAUUUAAGGAGUCGCUGGUGCAGUCCAAGAUGGCGGCGGGCACGAGCACCUUCGUGGUGGCCUAUGCGAUCCACAAGCUGUUCGCGCCCCUGAGAAUCAGCAUCACCCUUGUCUCUGUGCCCUUGAUUGUCAGAUACUUCCGGAAAGUGGGAUUUUUCAAACCUCCAGCCGUGAAGCCGUGA